AUGCCUCAAAGCUCAGAGGCUUCAACUGUAUGGUCUUGUCGAAGCAGUUUCUCUCGUUUAUUACUCUAAGCAUCGACUUUGCAAUGCAAUAGAUACAUUAUAUAGUUAGCAUUUUUACAAGUCCAGAUAUCUGUCCUUGACGCCCUUUAAUGCCUUCUCUAACACCAAAAAGCGAAAAGAACAUGUAUCUCUACGAUCGGCGACUCGAUCCAGUGUGGGCCACUUGUGAGAAGCUCAACGCCCCGAUUCUAGUGCAUCCUUGGGAUAUGGAUUGGUGUGAUUCGAAGUAUUGGCUUCCCUGGUUAGUCGGUAUGCCAGCAGAGAUGUCGCUGAGCAUGUGUCAUGUCAUGCUAAGCGGAAUAUUACAUUAAGGCUUUCUUGUGAGUUCUCUGGUCUCGAAUUAAGUAGAUUAUGGUUAUGUCUACUAUCUUUUUUCUCCUAGGAUCGGGUGCGUUGACUGUUUCAGCAAGUGAAGAUGAACAUCUUUAAACUGGCAUUGUUCAUCUACAGGAAUCGACUCCCUAGGGGUAGAGACUUAGUAUUCUGUAUGUUGGUAAAAUGAGACAACUUCUAUUUCUAAGCCUAGCGAUUUCCAAAGUUGAAGAUCAUGUUUUCACAUGGAGGCGGUGCUGUGCCGGGUACACUUGGAAGGAUAGAGUGGGGUUACCGGUGUCGACCAGAUCUAGUGGCGGUCGAUAGCAAAACUGUCAGUCCAAAGGAAGCCAUCAAGAGACUAUACGUGGAUAGCAUAACGCAUGACGAAGACAUGCUGGGCAUCUUGAAUUAUGACGGGAUGAGCAAUUUCCUUUUGAGAAUCGGCGAUGCCAGCGUAUCUGCAGCCCACUGAUGGUGGAGCCAUGGGCGUUCGCCAUUCUGUGACCAAAAACGACCAGCGGGCAGGCAUUUGGGGCGGCACUUUUUCCCUUGCAGUUUUCAGCCGCCCAAUUGGCCCUGGCCAGGGGGGCCGCCGUUCCCAGCGCGUGGCGCUCCAGUUUUUUCGAGCCGCUACGAAUUCGACCCGUCGCCAGAGCGGCGCCGCGUGCUCGCAGGUUGCAGCCUGGGCGGCCCCCGGCCCCAGAGAAGUGCCCACCAGAGACGCCCUCGACCGGGGCUGUCUUGGAUGAUAAGGUGGAGCACAGUCGUAGAACGGUUUGCAGGGCUAGCGUCAGGGCUGGACGUUGCGCCCUUCGUCAUUGUGUGUCCCAUGACACGGCUGACAGCCCACACGCCCGCCCAACGGUCAGCCGGACCGAUUUAGGGCGCCGUCUUCGUCUCUCGGCAGAAGCAAAACCUGCCCCCUAUCGUGCUUCAGCUAAAAGAUCUAUGCGGGAGCGUCUGUCUCGGAGUUUACUAGGGUCCGGCGUUUUGCCGGCAGUCUUGCCGGUGUCUCAGCGGGCGUAGACUAGAGCAGCGGCAGCGCCUGCAGGUCAGUACCCCUGCGGUAAGCGGGUUGCCUGCUGCGCGGGAUAUCGUGCACGGCCGAGCCAGCAGUGUGCCGCUUGUUUUUCGGUGGUCCAGUCUGUGGCGGCGGUCGGCCCGGUUCCCAGAACGUGGGCGGCCAUACAGUAGCGCGCCCACCGGGAUCGAAACGAGCACAAACGGGGCGCCAGCCUGGUGAGGCGUCGGGGAAGGUUGUGCGCCCCGCCCUAGAAACUGGCGCGAAAGGCUGGCGGCCUGCUUGCGUGUGACGGGGCCGGGGUCAAAAAAUGCGCGGGCACGCUGUAGGCUGCACACUGUUGGGCUUGUAUCUAAUGCCCAUAGUGAGAAGGCAGAGCGACUGGUGUGGCUAUGUGUGUCCAAAUACAGCGCUCCCCUGGUCUGCCGGGCAAAGAAGUGGGCAGGGGCCCGCUUCGGAGGGUGCGAGGUGAACUGAGCUGGCACGGCAGCGCGCGCUUUCAACUUUGCGAGGAGUCUCGCCGGCGGGCAGCCAUCGGCCGGGCAGCGAUGAAGGAAAACAUCACACAGCGGCGCGCCGCGCUCCCCUGAGUCUUUGCCAGGACAUGUCGCGGGCAAGGGCGCCGCGUCCCUGGUUUCGUUUCUUUGGGUCUAGUUGAAGCGCAGCAGCCGCCGGGUUUGGGUCUGAGUGGAGCGCUGGCUGUGCGGUUGCUUAGCAGCUACGUACCAGAGGCAAGGGUGCUCGCGUUGGGCAUUCGCGUGAGAGGUGGCGCGCUGCCGCGGCGUUUAACGUGAUGCGGCCGCAUGAUACUCAGGCACGCCCACGGCUGGAACCAAUUCAGGCGCAGGGGGCAACUAUAUGCCUUCAAUCGAAGCCAUGCCACGGCAGAAGCUGGACACGCCGCAGGUGAAGACCACCGCGCAGAAAUACCUCAUCGAAAACAAGGCCCCUCCGGCGGGCUGUUGGAGAAUCUGCCCACGCGUGUCGAGUCUGGGAUGAAGUCGAUGGUGAAACGGCUGCGAAGACUACAGCCAGGGCGGUUAGCAACCCAAAAACGGCGAAGAAGAUCACCCGAGAGACCAGAACAAAUGCGGGCACAGCUCUGCGGGUUCACUAUGGCCCUGUGGGCGCAGUGCCGCCGAUCUCCGGCCAUUCUUUGGCUCAGCAAUUUCCUGCGCGCUCGGGUUUUGCGUCAAGACAUCGCCACGCAUGGACGCGCAUGCGCCUGGAUCUGGGUAGCACUUGCGCCGUACAUUGCGGAGGGAGCCUGCUACGCCCUCGGAGAAAUCGGAACGACCCACCGCAGGCCGAUAAAAAACGCGACUGGGGCCUAGUACUUGGGAACGGUGCAAGGACGUGACCGCCGCGCAGUCGUUCGCGCUUGGGCUUGGCAAGCAAAACGAAGGCCGCCCCACGUGCGAGGCGCCUGCCAGAUUCGGCGUUAGGCUUUUGCGGGGGAGCUCUGCGCGCUCUUUAUUACAUGCAGAUGCAGCAGGCCAAGGGCCUGCGCCCACCUACCAAGCCCCAACCUGCGUGAGCUUGGUCGGAUUUCGUCGGCAGAUCUUGCGGCGCUGCGCCUCACGGUUGCCGGUCCCUUCUUUGCGCGUGACGUAUAAGCAACAGUGUGGGUUCCGCGUGGGUGUGCAGCAUCACAGGCGCGCCCAUCGCUCAGGUGGGCGCGUGUCUCUUCUGCGAGCGUGUGCGCGGCUGCGCCGGCUAGCGUAUCAAUGUGUCUCGGCGGGCUCGGUCUUGCUCUUGCCUUCAAUCCUGGGGCUGAGGCGAUGGCCUCUGCUUGGUCUUUCUUUUUUCUGACUGUCCCCCAUGGUAUCUCUUGUCGUAUGACUUGGCGAUCCCUUGUCUUUUCUCAGGUCUCUAAUCUGCGAAAGCAAUGGGUGGCAGCUUUGCGCAGGUUGCACUCGGAUCUGAUUAUCCAUUUCCGCUAGGAGAAGUAGGCAGCGUUGCUCCAGGGUCCGGCGAAGUAUUAGAUUGCUAUCCAGGGCAAAUGGUGGAGACUUCGGGCCUUUUCUUAAGGUAAUUGGAACUGAUUGAGUCGUAUACCUCUACGCAAGCUUCUAAUGCUGAUACACAGGAGGGAUACUUACUUGAUGAUGAAAAUGUUUCAUCCAUCGACUAUACCCAUACUUCUGUCUAGGAGAUUCCCAAUGAAUGACUGGGUUCUUGUUCUAACUUCCACCCAUGAAGAGAAAGCGCAGAUUCUGUACAAGACUGCGCUAGAAUUUCUGUCGCUUCGGGAAGACGAGCUUGUGCCGCACCGAAACGCCGAAAAAGGACCCAGAUGCGCAGACCGAUUCACCUACUUAUAGGAUGUCUCUAAUUCACAUACUUAUAAGAUUUUGUCUGCAGGAAGCCCUCUCAACAACAGUGGUCGCAAAAUUUUUCAUAGGAUACAACCAACAAUCGCGUGUUUUUAUAGGAUUCUUGUAUAAGUGUUUGAAAACAAGAGUACUGAAAAUGUGAACAGCAGCAUCAAACAGUAGAAAAUGAUAGAUGGAAGCACGACGCAUCACGCAUGCAAGACCUAAAAUGCUCACCGCCGCUGUGGAGUUUGGG